UUAGCAAAGUUGGCUAUCGUCACGUCAAGCUAGUAGUUGGACAAGCUUGUCCCAAUUAUUUAAAAUAUGUCAACUACCGACGAAAACGCCGAUAGCACCAUUCCAUGUGUGCUUAUCACCAGCAGUGGCAGCGGUUUUAAAGAAGAAGAGCUGAUUAAACAGAUCCUCAACUCUAAGGACUUACCCGAGCCUGUUAAGCGAGAAGAAUCGGUAGUUUGGUAUCCGUGGACCAUCAAUAACAAAUACUAUACCGCAGAUGUCAGGCUAUGUGUUGUUCCAAGCACUUUUCAGAUGUCAUCGGAGAUUGCCCAGUCUAUGCAGGCUUUCAUCGCUUAUUUUGACAGUACAGUGAAAGAUGGCCUGGAAAAGCUCCAGCCUUGGAUAUCAGUGGUGGAAGACCUUGCUCCAGAGGUACUCAUACUGGUGUGUGACAGAGUCAGUGAAAAUGGAGUCACCAGACAUGGAGCACAACAGUGGUGUUUGGCUCAUGCUUUUGAGCUGGUAGAGCUAAAUCCACAGGAACUGCCAGAUGAGGAUGAUGACUUUCCAGAAUCCACAGGGGUAAAAAGAAUUGUGCAGGCUCUCAAUGCCAAUGUUUGGUCAAGUGUGGAGAUGAAGGAUGGGCACAACCAGGGCUUUGGUCUUAUGAGUAGUUUGGUGGCCUCAAGACACAACAACCCACGCAGCUGUCAAGAUCCACAGUCCUCCAACUUGCCAGUAGAGGGCUCACUUGUUAGUGAAGAGACUAACCACACAGAGAGUAGUACAAAUGAAGACACACAGGGAGACGUAGUUGAUGCAAUGACUGAUUUGGACAUUCAGGAACUUGCUAAUCUCACAGCUGGUGAUGCAGAUGUGGAUAACUUUGAACGCCUCUUUACCAAAUUAAAAGAGAUGAAAGACAAAGCUUCUUCAUUACCUCAUGAGCAGAGAAAAGUUCAUGCAGAAAAGGUAGCAAAAGCAUUUUGGAUGGCCAUCGGAGGCGAUGAUGAUGAGAUUGAUGGAUUAUCAUCAGGGGAGGAAAGUUGAAAGUAGCUUCGUGUGACUCAGUCUCCUUUCUCCUGAUCCUUCUCCUUUCCUGGGACUCCAAACAAGAUCCAGCACCAUUCCAUUUGCUUCUUAAAGUCUUUGCACUUGGAAAGUGGAGAUGCUUACAAAUGGUACUGUAGGCAUAGUCAUGUUUAGAAAUUGAUAUUCUUUAAACGGAAUCAUUGCAAUACUGGUGUACAGUAAGGAGCAUUUGAAUAUCUUGAUAUGAAACAGAGAGCCAAAAAGACAGUCCUGAUCCUCAGCCUUCUCUCCUGAGUCCCUUUUAAACCCGAAGUAAACCUCAACACAAUAGUCUUGAAUCUGGAAAAACUAAUUACGUCGUAUACUUUGACUUAAAUAUAUGUCCUUUGGGUACAGUUGUCACAUAUAUUUGCAAGUGACAUAAUGUGCCUUAUCCCUUGAAGAGUUGUGAGACAGUUAAUGCAUAUACUGUUAAAUGAAUAUAAAAACUUGUGAUUCAAAUUCUUUGACUCUUAUUUUUAAGAGUGACUGUUUACCAGAAUGGUAAUAAUAGUGUGAUUAACAUUCAGGAUGUUUUCUAUUUAUGUGUGAGAAAAGAACAAGGGUCUUUUUUACUUGGUUGCAAUUUAUUAAUUUUCCCAGAUAACAAAACAAUGGUCAUUUAAGAACAAAUAUUAGGCUACAUGAAAAACCAUGUACAUAAGACUUGGAACAGAAAUCCCCAACUAAAGAAAUCAAGAAACACAGGUGCUAAUACUAGUUUCAAACUACCUAACGCACUGCAAUACACAGUAUUUCAGUUAAGUGCCAUGUAUCUGUUUCAGAUAGAUAACAUGGAGAUUCAGUCUUAUACUGUGAAUAAGUGCAAGCUAAACAUGGUGGCUUCGUAGACAAUGACACCGAGCAUAUAACACAUGCCUUACAAUAUUGUAAUUUACAUGUAGUAUACAGCAUUUACUGGACAGGCAAACUACCACUAGAAUUUAAGCCUUACACCUAUCAACACAGUAGAUUUGAAGUGCAUCAUUACUAACAAGGAGCAAAGUGUAACAUUGGCUAAUAGAUGGCAACAUGUGAAAGACCUGCAUUUGUUUCCACCCAACAUGCCAUCAAUGGAUGAUCCACACUGGAUUCAGACAGUGCCUAAAUUCAACCGUUCAACCAUGACUGCUUGUAGAUACUUUGUCAUAUUCUGUAAGUACUGUUUAUGAAAUAACAAUAAAGCUGGUACUAUGAUCCUGUGUCAUGUACGAACCAGCUGACUGUGUUUGAAAUGCCAGCGUUAAAGCAGACCAAGUCUUGGGUCAUUAAAGCAAGUUUUUUUUUUUUUUUUUUGUCAUGCUAGAGGUCAGUCAGGUCCAAAAUUUCAAGCAAAUACAACUACAAGAAAUCACAAGCUAUAAAUAUUAUGUACAAUCAAAUUGAGGCAAUAAAAAAAAUAUAUUCCCAUGCAGGACAGUAUGCAAAAAUAACUUAUAAAAUGUCUCUUUCACUGAGCAAAAUAGUUUUCAUACAAGGGUUCUUUUUGAGACACAGUGGUGCUAAUGUCUAUAUUUUGUU